UGGACGCGUGGAUGAACUCUCGGGGAGAGUUGCAGUGACCCACGCCGGACAUGUGAAUCCUGCUAUGGAGGAGCCGUGCGGCCAACAUGACUGCGAGCACUGACGAUGUCUUGUGGAGAAAUGAGUCCGGGAUCAACUUUACCGACGGCUCGGAGGGGAACCGCAGCGCGCGGCCCGGCGGGGUCGCCCUGGGCCGGGCCGUCCCGCUCGGCUUGGUGCUGGCGGCGUUCAUCGUGUUCGCCAUCGCGGGGAACAUCCUGGUCAUCCUCUCGGUGGUGUGCAACAGGCACCUGCGCACGCCCACCAACUACUUCAUCAUCAACCUGGCCAUCGCCGACCUGCUGCUGGGCACCACGGUGCUGCCGGUGUCGGCCACCCUGGAGAUCCUCGACCGCUGGGUGUUCGGGCGGAUCUUCUGCGACAUCUGGGCGGCGCUGGACGUGCUGUGCUGCACGGCGUCCAUCAUGAGCCUGUGCGUCAUCUCCAUCGACCGCUACGUCGGCGUGAGUCACCCGCUGCAGUACCCGGGCAUCGUGACGGAGAAGCGGGCUCUGCUGGCCAUGCUGGGCGUGUGGGUGCUGUCCGUGGUCAUCUCCAUCGGGCCGCUGCUCGGCUGGAAGCAGCCGCCGUCGCCGGACGACUCGGUGUGCUUCAUCACCGAGGAGCCCUUUUACGCGCUCUUCUCCUCCCUCGGCUCCUUCUACAUCCCGCUGGUCGUCAUCCUCGCCAUGUACUGCCGGGUGUACGUGGUGGCCAAGCGGACCACCAAGAACCUGGAGGCCGGGGUGAUGCGGGAGAGGAUGGACUCGGGCGAGCUCACCCUGAGGAUCCACAAGGGCUCCCAGGUGCACGACGAGCCCGCCGGGUGCGGUCGAGGCAAGGGCCGCGGGCACCAAGCCAGAAGCUCCCUCACCGUCAAACUGCUCAAGUUCUCCCGGGAAAAGAAGGCGGCAAAAACGUUGGGAGUUGUGGUGGGCAUGUUUACACUUUGUUGGCUGCCCUUCUUCCUCGUCCUGCCCAUAGGCUCUUUCAAUGUGAACCUGCGACCACCUGAGACCCUCUUCAAAGUGAUCUUCUGGCUGGGCUACUUCAACAGCUGCCUCAAUCCCAUCAUCUACCCUUGCUACAACCGCGAGUUUAAGCACGCCUUCAUCCGCAUCCUGCGGUGUCAGUGUCACCAGCGUAAACGCCCCGGGUGGAAGGCGUAUAAUUACCGUUCCUCCACAUUCAGCUCCUCUGGACAUUCACGCAAAGGUUCUAACGACCAUACCCAAGGGGGGUGUUUGAACGGCAGUCAGCGGACUCUGCCGUCGUCAGCCAGUCCGAGCCCUAGCUACCUGAGCUACGGCCUGCCACCUUGUCCUGAGGGCGAGGCGUUGUCCACGUGGACUGCAACGGCCUCUACACCCAACAUGUUGCCCGGCAGCCCCACGGACUACAACUGGGAAUGCCUGAUCGCAGAUUCCAAGGAAGGGGAGCUGACUGAUGGCGUUUUUUCUUUCUCUUUUGGGAAGUUCAGGAAGGAAAAGGACAAGGCAGAAGUUGAACAAACGUGCACAGAACCACCUUACAAUGUCUGAGUGCAUCCACUGUAGAUUACGAGUAUUUAUGAAACAUAAAGGUUCUGUGGUUUCUUUAUAUGUUGACAACAUUAGGGGCAGAUGGUCACUGAGUAAGGAGGUUUGGUAAAGUUAAUAAAUACUCAUAAUUAAAGAUCCAUAUCUUAUCUACAGCAUCGCGUGGACAUCGGGGGUGGUACCUCUGGAUUGGCAGACCGAGGUGGUGGUUCCUCUCUUUAAGAAGGGGAACCGGAGGGUGUGUUCUAACUAUCGUGGGAUCACACUCCUCAGCCUUCCCGGUAAGGUCUAUUCGGGUGUACUGGAGAGGAGGCUACGCCGGAUAGUCGAACCUCGGAUUCAGGAGGAACAGUGUGGUUUUCGUCCUGGUCGUGGAACUGUGGACCAGCUCUAUA